CACCUUUUUACCUGCAUGUUUUUAAGUUAUCAUAAUAAAAUCCCGUCAUACCCGUAUACCUGUUUUCAGUCCUUUGAACCUGUGGAUGGGUUGUUGCGCCAUUAGCUAUACAUUUAUAGAUGUUUUCUCGCAUGCAUAGGAACAUGCGUAUGACAUCUGCACGCACAGUUUCAUUCUGUGCUAUUUUAUGCUGUCUGUUUAUUUCAUUCAUACGUGUGGACCAUUUGUAUCGGAUUAUGAGAAAAAGUGGAAACAUUCAAACAAUCAUUUACCAGGGUGUUACUGAGACAGCUUUUGUUAAAUAUUCUACCGUUUCGACAGUUUCGAAAAAUACACUUUUAAGUUUCAAUAGAUCAGACGGCCACAAUAAAAAACUAAAUAUUUCAAAACUAUCCCGAAAAGUUGUUCCAGAACUAACAAAAGUAGAACUGCAGCAGAUCAAACGAUAUACUCAUUAUUCUUCGCCUAUAGUUGUAAGUAAAUACAAACUGAUAUUCUUCUGGAACGAAAAGGUUGGCUGCACCUACUGGAAAAGCCUACUUCAGUUUAUACAGGGAAUAAAAACUAAAGAGGUGCAUGAUCCCAGACGUAAUGGACUCGCUUAUCUCAUACAGUUUAAAGAUAAUGAUAUAACAGAUAUGAUGUUCGAUGAGGCUUGGAUAAAAGCAGUAUUUGUGAGAGAACCGAGGGAGCGAGUAUUGUCUGCUUUCUUAGAUAAAGGAUUAAACAACUCCCUUAUGAUGGAGUUGUGUGGAAGGCCCUCCGUAAAAUCAUUCCCAGAAUUCCUCACGGUAAUAAAGCACUGUAAAGACGUGCACUGGAGUUCACAGGUAAAGUUACCAAGACAUUUAUACGGAAAUACAAUAAUAGGUAAAAUGCCAGAUAUAAAUAAAUUUACUGAAAGUCUUUUAACAAAAAUCGGAGCUUGGAAUGAUACUGUAAAAGACUGGCUUAAUUCGAAAGAACAGUUUGGGAGAACAAGACAUCAUGCUACAAGCGCCCGUGAGAAACUGUUACAAUAUUACAAUGAUACCAAGUAUCAAGACAUUAUUUUUGAAAUGUAUACUGAUGAUUAUGAAGUGUUUAAGUUUGAUAAGAAAUACUUCAAUUAAACAAAU